AUGCGGGAAGCUGGGGAUCAGUUCAAAGCCAUUCCACAGUUCUGCUUCCCAGAUGCUAAAGACUGGACACCAGUGACUCAGUUUGACAGUGAGACUUUCUCGUUUGUGCUGACCGGGGAAGAUGGUAGUCGGAGAUUUGGUUACUGUAGACGACUUUUGCCCAGCGGGAAGGGAAAGCGACUUCCUGAAGUUUACUGUAUUGUCAGCCGGUUGGGCUGCUUCAACCUCUUCUCAAAGAUUCUGGAUGAAGUGGAGAAAAGGAGAGGCAUCUCUCCGGCUCUGGUGCAGCCAUUCAUGAGAGCCAUCAUAGAUGCCCCAUUUCCAGCUCUAGGAAAGAAGAUUACAGUGAAGAACUUCCUGCCUGGGUCAGGAAAUGAGGUGAUUGAACUUUGCCGACCUCUGGAUUCCAGGCUCGAACAUGUGGAUUUUGAAGCGCUAUUUUCCACACUCAGUGUACGACACCUCAUACAAAUCUUCGCCUCUCUCCUUCUGGAAAGAAGAGUAAUUUUUAUGGCAGAAACCCUUAGCACGUUGUCCAAAUGCUGCCAUGCCAUGGUUGCUUUAAUAUACCCCUUUGCCUGGCAACACACCUACAUUCCAGUGCUUCCUCCAUCAAUGAUUGACAUCGUCUGUUCACCCACUCCAUUCCUGAUUGGUCUGCUGUCCAGUUCUCUGCCUCGUUUGAAGGAGCUACCUGUGGAAGAGGUUCUCCUGGUGGACCUCGGCAAUGAUCGCUUCCUCAGCCAGAUGGAUGAUGAAGACUCCAUCCUCCCCCGGAAACUGCAAGCGGCUCUGGAACAGAUCCUGGAGCAGAGAAACGAGUUGGCUAAAAACAAAUUUUGUUUUCCAGAUUCCAGCGCUCUCAAUGACGUAGUAUCUGAGGCCUUUGUCCGCUUCUUUGUGGAAAUAGUUGGUCAUUACUCUUUGUUCAUGGUUCCUGGAGAGCAGGAGGAGAGGACGUUCCUCCGCGAUGCCUUUCGCAAAUCUGUCUCCUCCAAGAGUGUCCGGCGAUUCCUGGAGGUCUUCAUGGAGACUCAAAUGUUUGGAGGCUUUACCCAAGAGAGAGAGAUGCGGAAACAGGGAACCAAAGGUCUAUUUGAGGUCAGGGCCCAGGAAUAUCUGGAGACUCUACCAGGAGGCGAGCAGAGUGGAGUCAACAAGUUUUUCAAUAGGAUAGGUAAGUUGGAAAACCCACGCAUUUAUUAUUUUGGAUAUAUAAAAGAGAUCAUGUCUACCUGCUAA